GUGCCAAAACCAAAGGUGUCAUCACAAACAGAUAAUAAUAACAAUAUAUAUUAGGUAAGCAAGUUGCACAAGUGGGCCUUUUUAUAUUCCCACCCAGCCAUUAUUCAACAGAGAAUGGUUUCAUCCCCAGCCAAUCAAGCAUGACAGUGUAGCUCGCCUAUCAGAACACUUUGGAUUGCAUAUUUACAUUAUUUCUUAUGCCACUUGAUCAUUGUUUUUCUCCUGAUGUUACCUGUAAUAUCUUUGUACUAUUUAGCAUAGAGCCAUUGACACGAGUGACGCCAAAAUUAGAAACUAGCUGUUAUCUUCUGUUAAGAUCAGAACCAGCAGUCAACUAAUUGGUCUACAGAAAGCUUAACAUGUCUUGGACCAAUUAUGUAUCAUGUGAACAUUUUAAGUUCUGCACAAAAGAGAAAAAACAUUUUUGGAGUUGGUGGAAGCAAUGAGAAGCCUCUUGACUUGCAACUCUGUCAACAUCUUAGCUACUGCUUUCUCCCUUUUCUUUCCUGCCCAUUAGCUCAGCUAUAUAUUUGCAGCAUUCGCUGUGUUUAUGAUUACUUGCUGCAUGCCACUAUUAGACAGCAAGACAAUCUCUUCCUUGUCCAUAGUAGGCUACCACAACAUGGGAGAGAACAGGAAGUUUGGACAAAUCAUCCUGCCAAGGAUGACGACAAAUAAGAUACUGCACCACCAGGAGCUACAUGGCGAUGAAUCCAUCUCUGAUGUUUCAGGCAUAGUGGAUGAGACCUUGGGAAAGAGUCCCUUGGAUAGGCAGGAUACACUGAAAUACAGGGUGUUUGCUAGUACUUGGAAUAUCGGUGGUAUAGCACCAACAGAUGAUCUGGACUUGGAGGAUUGGUUGGAUACAAGAGCUAACUCCUACGACAUCUAUGUUCUAGGGUUCCAAGAAAUAGUGCCACUGAAUGCAGUAAAUGUGCUUGGUCCUAGCAAGAGGUGUAUCUCUACAAAGUGGAACUCACUAAUUGGGAAGGCACUAAACAAAAAGAAGACACGAGAUGGAGCACAGUUGCAGCAUACAACUACAAAUAGUAGUGCUAUCGAAAGCUUUGCACAAGAGGGGUGCUUUAUAUGCAUCAGGAGCAAGCAGAUGGUGGGCAUCUUUACCUCAGUCUGGGUGAGAAGCAAUCUGAGGUCAUACAUUCACCAUCUGGAUGUGUCAUGUGUUGGUUCAGGUAUCAUGGGCUAUCUAGGGAACAAGGGUUCAGUAUCAGUUCGAUUUCUGCUGCAUGAGACAAGCUUUUGUGUUGUUUGUUGUCACCUGGCUUCAGGUGGCAAACAAGGGGAUGUGCUGCUGAGGAACUUUGAUGCAGCGGAUAUACUUGCAAGGACGAGAUUCCAUGGUGGUCGAAAUAAAAAGCUGCCAAAGAAAAUCCUCGAUCACGACCAAGUUGUUUUGCUCGGUGACUUGAAUUAUAGGAUAUCACUGGAAGAGCCUGAGACAAGGUUGCUGGUGAAAGCUAAGAACUGGUCCACCUUGUUAGAGAACGAUCAGCUAGUGUCUGAAUUCUCAACGGGGCGGCUUUUUGAGGGCUUUCAGGAAGGGUCGGUCACCUUCUCCCCCACCUACAAGUAUCAGCCAAACUCUGAUCAGUACUACUGGUGCUUUGAAGCAGCGCGAGGGGAGAAGAAGCGUGCUCCCGCAUGGUGUGAUCGCAUUCUUUGGCGCGGCAAGGGCCUGAAACAGAUCCAAUAUGGGACCUGCGACUACAAGUUGUCAGACCACCGGCCGGUGAGAGCAGGUUUCAUUGCCGAGUGCAGGAUCAGGGGAGAUUCGGAGGACUCUAUUGGUGGCUUCAUGCGCUGAAUUCUGCAGCCGAUGGUCGAGGUGGAAGUUAUGCACCAUCCAACCAGAGGCACUGCCUUCCGAUCUAAAAUAUGGAACAAUCACGGACAUAGCGAAACCAUGAUGAAUUUUGACGAGAUCUUGAGCGUUCAUUGACGACCAGUGUGCAAUUGGGAAAUAGACUAGUCUGAUGUUCUUAUCAGUGACGCUGUAUAAAUUUUUUGUUCUCUCGUCUCUAAAAUGUCUUAUAUUUGUUUUAAGAGGGAGUAUUUACCUAGCAAGUAUUUUGUACACAUUGUGGCUAAAAGAAAUUAGGAGUUUUCCAGUUGAACAUA